UCAAUCUGAUACAAAGAGAGAGAGAGAGCUUCUGAUUCUCAAAUCUCAAUUAAUGGCAGCCACCAAAUACAUCUUCAUCCUUGCCAUUGCAGCAACUCUUGUCCAUUCAAGUUUGGCCACGGAUUUCGUGGUUGGUGAUGAUAAGGGUUGGACCAUUAACUUUGAUUACCAAGCUUGGGCUCAAGGAAAAGACUUCCAUGUCGGUGACAAACUUGUUUUUAAGUACCCAGAGGGAGCCCACAAUGUGCUUCGAGUUAAUGGAACUGGCUUCCAAGAAUGUGCGGCACCUGAGGGCACUGAGGCCCUGAGUAGUGGAAACGAUGAAAUAAUCCUAGCAACACCAGGAAGAAAGUGGUACAUUUGUGGCGUUUCCAGGCAUUGCGUGGAUGGAAAGCAGAAGCUUGCCAUAACAGUAGAGUUGCCUCAAACACCAGUGUCUCCAGCAUCUGCACCUUCUCCCACUUCAGCAGCCAGGGGACGUUUUGCACCCACGUUUUGGUGGAUGGUUGCUGUUUCUGGCAUCCUUAUGAUGGUCAGGGUUUAAAUCUUGUUGGAAUACUUUGCAGUCAAAUUCUUUUAUCUUUUAU